GCCGAGACACAACACAGAGCAGCGCGGGGGGACACGCGUAACGCGACAAUGGCGACCUGAGAUGGUUCUCGUGUGGCGUGUGGCGGAUACCUUCGCUCCAUCAGCCGUGUGAGCAACGCCGAGCGAGUGCCGAGAUCGCGUUUUUACCGCGGCCGUGUUACGCGCGCCCGUGGAUUUGCGCGUUCGCGCCACCGUGGGAGAUGCGUUGCGCGCGAGGCGCAAGCCGGAAUCGCGUACAGACAGAUCGCUCGUCCCGCGGAGGCCAGCAGCAGCAGCAGUAGCGCUGCAGCAGCAACAGCAGCGGCGGCGGCGGCGGCCGCGGCGGCAGCAACAGCGACAGCAUCAGCAGCUAAACAGCGAUUCGACGCAGCGCGGAAUUUGCAGUGCCGGCGUAUUGCUCCGGCGAGGGAAACGGCCGUGCCAUGCACACGAUCGCGUCGUCGCGAUCUUCGCUAUAAUGCGUUGUGAAUCAAAAAUAGUUACUUGCCACGAAAAUCCAGUGGUGCUGGCAUGAUAAAAUAAGGGAAGCGAAGGAGAUGAGCCAUAAUAUUGCGGGCAUGCCACCCUUCACAAGGAUGCCAUUGGGGGGUAUGGGAAUGGGUGUGAACAUGGGCCCCAAUGCCCCACAUCCUGACUCGUCCGCUCACCCCCAUCCACCACCGCCACCACCAGCUGGUGCUAAUCCUAAAAAGAAAAGGCGUACAAAUGCAAGCGUUGCUCAACCACCUCCGCAACAGCCUCCAUCUGUACAGGAUCUACUACCCCCGCCCUUAACUGGUUACGGUGACACGAUAGUAGCAAGUAAUCCUUUCGAUGACACGCCACCACAAACGACGCAAAGCCCAAUGAUGCAUGGUGCGCCGUCACAUAUGCAUCCUCACCAUCCGCAUCACAUGGGUGGCCCUCCUAUGCGAGGCAUGAGCCCUUUAACCACGAUAGGUGGCAUGAGUCCUAUGAUGCCACAUAACAUGGGCAAUAUGAGUCCUAUGGGCAAUUCGCCCAUGACAAAUCACAUGAAUCAUAUGGGUGCUAUGUCCCCUAUGAAUCAUGCUCCUAUCGGAGGCAUGAGCCCCAUGAAUAACAUGGGCCCGAACAUGCCUCCUGGUCCAAUGAACACCAUGAACAAUCACAUGAAUAUGAGUCAUAUGGGGAAUUCGCAACUAAGUGGUCCACCGAUGGGUAGUCCGAUGAAUAACAUGAAUAGUGGGCCUAUGGGUAGCCCAAUGAACAACAUGGGCCACAAUAUGGGUAGCCCUAUGGGUGGACCCUUAGGUUCUCCAAUGAACAUGGGAGGAUCUAAUCACAUGCCUAACGGACCAAUGAAUAUGAACAACAUAAAUAGCCAUAGCCAUAUACCGCCCAACAGUCCGUUAAAUGGGCCGUCAUUGAACAAUGUGAACAGCCCAUUAGGGCACAAUGGAUCUCAGCCUCAUCCGAAUCACAUGGGAAACAAUCUUAACAACUUAGGAAGACCUAUGAAUGGACCUAUGACUACCAUGAGUUCGAUGGUGUCGAACAACAUGAAUAUGACUGGACCAAAUCAGAUAAACAACAUGAAUAUGGGUGGCCCGGGAAUGAGUAGUAUGUCUAAUAUGAACAUUAGUCAUCACAAUCAAAUGGGCAGUCAUAUGGCAGGUCCGAUGGGCACUAUGUCCAACAACAUGGGUGGUGGACCGCCAAUGGGACAUCCUAUUAAUUCCAUGGGAGGGUCUAUGCCGCCACAUGGAUUCCAAGGUCCACCGGGGAUGGGUCCAAAGCCAAUGCCAAUUUCUGCGGGCAAAAUAUAUCCUCCAGACCAGUCAAUGGUAUUUAAUCCACAAAAUCCUAAUGCGCCACCGAUUUAUCCCUGUGGAAUUUGUCAUAAAGAAGUGCAUGACAAUGAUCAGGCAAUUUUGUGCGAAUCAGGUUGUAAUUUUUGGUUUCAUAGGAACUGCACGGGAUUGUCAGAAUACGCUUAUCAAUUAUUAACGGCAGAGAUCUACGCUGAAUGGGUGUGUGAUAAGUGUUUGCAAUCGAAGAACAUACCCCUGGUUAAGUUUAAACCAUAACACUUCGUGUCUCGUCGUUCAUGCGACGCUCCAGUGACUAUUUGUUAGCGUUUAUAUGUGGUAUACGCACAUAUACGUGUGCAAUCGAGCACACGCAACACAAACACACAUUAGCACAUGAUACAUAUUAAUGCACGUGCGAAGUCGUGCAUUCAAUAUAAAAACACACUGUUUGUUGAUAACUUAGCUCUAACUUGUUGAAAUAUUAGAAUAUCAUUGUAAGUUGUAUUGACGAAAGAGCAGAAGUAAUAUUCAAAUGUCAUUUUACUUUGAAAUCUGUUCAUGACAAAUGGAUUCAUACACAAAAUUAUGGAAUUAAUAUCAUUUCACAUUGAA